AUGCGCGAUGGGGGGCCGAAGCUGAAACUCCAAGCUCCAAGCGCGGGGCACGGUAAUCGCUCCCUACCGCACCCAGCACCCAUCACCCAUCACCCAUCAACCCCCAAUCCAAACGCGUGCCCAAACGCGUGCGAAACGCAGACGCCUCGGACGCCUCUCCUCGGACUCGAACACUGGCGCUGGAACGGCAAGGCAAGGGGCGACGAUGCGGCGAUAGCAAUAGCGACAAGAGAGCGUGGACGCCGCGGACGGGCGCACUGGGGCAGGGGGUGCACGAUCGCGCAGCGAAAGAAAGAGCAUCGACGACUAGUGUGGGAGUGCCAGUGCCAGUGCCAGUGCCAGUGCCGGUGGGAGCGGGGGGCAGUGGUGGGAGCAGAAGUGGAAGCAGAAGUGGGUGCAGAAGCGCGACCGGGGGCGGUAGAAGUGGGUGCAGAAGCGAGAGUGGGAGUGCAAGCGAGGGUGAGAGUGCAAGCGAAGGUGGGAGUGAGUCCAGGACCAGCGCGCGCGUCCGCCCACGGAGCGCCGCCAUCCUCCCCGCCGACCUCCCAAAUGACAAACAUCACCAAGGCUAAUCGCGGUCGUCCCAUCCGCAUCCGAGGCGGCUGGGAGCACGCGGGGCCCAAGUAG